UUGUGGCUAAACUGCUCCUCUUUUACUUGUCCUGGAGACCUUGGGAAAUAUUAGGCCUCUACUGCUCUUAAACCCCAGACUUUUUCCUUGCAUGUUGAGUUAAUCUCUGAUAUCCUUGAUUCUGCAAUGGACCCACAAUCCAAACAGAGUGAGCAAGAAAGCCCAAGAUUUUAUCACUUGGAACUUUAUGACUCUAGUGAGGAUUUAGCAAUGUUUUUAGAAGAACCCUUCAGAAGACGAGAUCUGGCUUUGCAGGAAAAGAGGCAGGUGUCAGCUAAGCUAGGCGGAGCAGAUCAGAACAGCUCACAGAAGGAUGCGGAAGAACCAGCAAGGCCUGACAAGAAUAAGGACACAGAAGUGGAGCUUGCCGCUAGUUCUGAGAGUACAGCAACAGGUUCAACUGCAGAGUUGGCAAAGAAUAGCCACCUGACAACAAAGACCACGCAUAUAGAGCACAUUCAGAGCACAGAGGAGAAGCCGAUUCCUGGCAAGAAUUCUCAAGUCCAACACCCAGACAACGAAAGCGGAAGCAAUGGUAGAAAGGUUGCUGUGGACGAGCAGCCCUUCAAGCUAAACAGCCAAGAGAAAGACAAGGAUUCAUACUGUAUUACUUGCUGUGUUCCAAUCCGAGCACUAGAUGACCAGGGGAGCCAUCACGAUGAACACGAGGUCAUUCCUCUUCUCAACGUAGUUGAAAUUGCAAAGGAUGAGCUUCAAAAAUAUAUAUGUAAACUGGAAGAUCAGAUUGCUCACCUAGAAAAUUUUUCCAGCCACUUGGAGGAGAUUUUUAUCACUGUAGAGGAGAAUUUUGCAAAGCAGGAGCAGAACUUUGAGAGGCAUUACAACGAUGUGAUGCAGACCCUUGAACAAAGAUACGAAGAAAGCAUGCAGGCUUUGGGGGAAGAGAAGAAGGAGAAGCUGGAGGCCUUGUACAAGCAAUUGGUCAACUGUGGAGAAAACCUGGACACCUGUAAAGAACUGAUGGAAGCCAUUGAGGAUCUAGGCCAAGGUGAAAAUAAACUGAGUGCAUUAAAGACUGCAAUAGCUACCAUUCGCAGAUUAGAUGAUUUCUUGAAAAAGGAUGUGGAUGUAAAACUCUCAACACCAGCAGACUUUGAAGAUCGAGUUAUAGAUUUCUCUGAUGUUGGAGAAUUAAUGGAUUCCGUGAUUGCAGUGCCAGCUGUUUCACCUCCUUGUGCACCAGUCAUGAAUUCCCAAGACCCCAACUCAGCUACUGGUACGUCCGUGAGAGUAUGCUGGAGCUUUUUCUCAGAAGACAUUAUCGAAAGCUACCAGCUGUUCUACCGACGAGUAAGCAAUGAUAUAUCAAAAGAUGAGCAAGAUGAGUUUAUGCUAAAUGUGAAAGAAACCUAUGCCACAGUUACUAACCUAGUGCCUAAUACACAGUAUGAAAUUUGGGUGAGAGCACUCAACAGUGCUGGAGCUGGAUUAGCGUGUGAAAGAGCUGUCUAUCUAACAGCUCCUUUGCCACCAGUUAUCAAAAGGAAGGAGAUACAAAGCUGUGAACGUGCUGCGCUGGUAAGCUGGGAAUCUGGUAACACGAAUCCUGUUGACUCUUACUCUGUUGAAUUGUCCAAGCUGACAGAUGGAGGAGAUGGGGACAUGACUACGGAGUCCAUCAUUGGGAUCCCAAACUGUGAAACUCUAAUUCAGCUGGACCCAAGGACAAAGUACCUGCUGGCUGUGAAAGCCAUGAAUAUGGGAGGUCCCAGUGAAAGAAGCGAGCCCGUCUCCAUUGUUAGCACUGGCACCUACUUUACUCUGAACGAGGAGACGGCCCAUCCCUUACUUUCUGUCCUAGAAGAUGGUUUUACAAUCACUUGCCGCAAAGCUGACAGUCCAAAAAGUGAUUUGUCCUUCUGUGAAAACAGUUUUACAAGAUCCAUUGCCAUACUGGGAAAGUCAAUACCAUUCCACGGGAAACAUUAUUGGGAGGUGGAUGUUAAUGACAGCAUCGAAUACCGUAUCGGUGUGGCUUUUGAAAACGUGUCCAGAGACAGCUACUUGGGGACAAGCCACUCAUGCUGGUGCAUGAGACAUACCGUCACUCCUUCCAGACACAUCUACGAAUUUCUGAACAACGGGAUGACACCCGACAUCAGGAUAACAGUCCCUCCCAGGAAGGUGGGCCUCCUGUUGGACUAUGACGAUGGGACACUGUCGUUUUUCAACACAGAUCUCAUGCAACACCUGUACACCUUCCACAGCCACUUCCAGGAUUUUGUGUGUCCUUGCUUUGCUGUAGAGGAACCCGGGACACUCAGAAUUCGAAACAGCCUUGCCAUGCCCACCCAUAUUUUUCUAUGAUUAUGGCUAGCAAUUCCACACGGCCUCUUUAUGCAAAAAAGAAAAACUCUCCGUAGCAACCAAGUUCUUUUCUUUUCAACAGAGUCUACUUGGUGUAUAGAUGAGACUCCAGUCCCAGCCUACAUUGUUAGCAUCGUCACUAUGGCUGUAUUGAGAUGCCAUGUCAAGUGCGAUUCCCGCACAAACCCAGCUUGCUGCCUCGCUGGCUUGCUGAUCAUCAGCCUCCACCUCCCCACUCUGGGGCGCCAGGAUGAAGAAGUCCUGGUUUAAAAUUAAGUCCCAUUAGCCCAUCGCCGUACAAACACAGGCAUGCGGCUUAACUAGAGGUUGUUCCCCUGCCUCACAAAACUCAAAUUCUAGGACUGGACUGAACAAAUAAAUACCUUUUCUGGGCUCAGUUUCCACAUCAUCAUUGGACUGGG